AUCAUACGUGAAUAUACGUAUUACGUGUACACGAGGCGUACGAGCAAGUUUGAAAAGAGGAAACAUUUGUUUCAAAAACAGACGUGUAAACGGUCAGUGAGUCUCAGCCAGUAUUGGGAUGGUGGUGAUGUAGCAUGGCUCCACGAAUCCAGCUUGAGAGAGCCGCCUGGAGCUGGGCUGACACUGUGAAGCCGGAGGAUGUGACGGAGGAGCACAUCGAGAAGGCGUACCGUAUCCGAGUGCCGGCCUGUAAAAGGGCCGUAUGCAGGAGAAACUGUAAAGGAAAUCCUAAUUGUCUUGUUGGUAUCGGAGAACAAGGGUGGCUAGGUGAAAUAGAUGAAAAUUCCUUCCACAGUAUUGAUGAUCCAAAUUCAGAAAGGCGAGACAAGAACAAGUUUGUUGGCUUGACAAACCUAGGAGCGACAUGCUAUGUGAACACAUUCUUGCAGGUAUGGUUUCACAAUCUAGAGCUGCGCGAAACCCUUUACCUAUGUCAGAAUUCCAGAGCGGAGGAACACAACAUGGAGUCAGACUAUGAGCCCCAGAGUAUAUGUGAACAUCUGCAGUACCUGUUUGCAUUGCUGCAGAACAGCAACAGAAGAUAUAUUGAUCCAUCAGGUCUGGUGAAGGCAUUGGGCUUGGAUACAGGACAACAGCAGGAUGCUCAGGAGUUCUCCAAGCUUUUCUUGUCUCUCUUGGAAGAUACCCUUUCGAAACAGAAGAACCCAAAUCUACAGAAUGUAAUACAACAGCAGUUUUGUGGGCAGUUUGCUUACGUUACUGUAUGCAAUCAUUGUGGUCGUUCAUCUCUACUUCCUUCACGCUUCUAUGAGUUGGAGCUCAGCAUCCAGGGUCAUAAGCAGCUGACAGAAUGUAUUACAGACUUUCUUAAGGAAGAGAAGUUGGAAGGUGACAACCGAUACUUCUGUGAGAAUUGUCACAGUAAGCAAAAUGCAACCCGCCACAUCAAGUUGCAGAACCUCCCACGCACCCUUAAUCUGCAGCUGAUGCGUUUUGUUUUUGACAGGCAAACUGGUCACAAGAAGAAACUAAACACCUUCAUUAGUUUCCCUGAAGUUUUGGAUAUGGGACCCUUUCUGGAGGAAAAAGAUGGAAAAUGUGUAUAUGAGCUAAAUGCUGUGCUCAUUCACCGGGGCAUCAGUGCUUACUCAGGGCACUAUAUUGCUCAUGUGCGUGAUGACCGCACCAAAGAAUGGUACAAGUUUAACGACGAGGAGAUUGAAAAAAUGGAGGGAAAGAAACUGCAGCUUGGAAUAGAUGAUGAUAUUGCUGAAGCAAAGUCUCAGACACGUAAACCCAAGUGCAGUAAAGGAUCCCACUGCUCCCGCAACGCUUAUAUGCUAGUGUACAAGCAGCAGACAGAAAGUGAUGUUAAUGAAAAGAUUACAGAGGAGGUACCAGCCUUCCUUCAGAAACUAGUGGACAGGGACAACAGAAAGUUUGAAGAGUGGUGCAUAGAAAUGGCAGACAUGCGGAAACAAAGUGUUGACAAAGGCAAAGCCAAGCAUGAAGAGGUGAAGGAACUCUACGAAUUGUUACCUGCGGAAGACGGUCAGCCAUUUGAGUUUGUCCCCUUGGAAUGGCUUAAAAAGUGGCUGGAUGACUCAAGCGUUACAAAAUCUAUAGACAACUCCAAAUUCCUUUGUUCCCAUGGGAAAUUACACCUAGACAAAAUUGGAGACAUAAAGAGAAUAUCUGCAAAUGCUGCAGAACACUUGUUUGAACGAUAUGGAGGGAGUCCCAGAUUAGAUCGGUCUUCCCUUUGUAAGGAAUGUGUAGUACAAAGAUGCAGAGUGCUACGGCUCAAGAAUCAGUUAAACAAAGAUUACAAAGAAGUUUCCAGCCUUAUGAAAAUACCAGUAAAAAGUAAUGAAGGUUUUUGGGUCGGAAAAACCUCUUUGAGAUGCUGGAGACAACUGGCACUAGAACAAUUAGAAGAGUGUGAAAAAGAAAUGCAGCAGCCUAAUGGAAAAACAAAUGGGGAAGGACCAGAAAUUUCUGCGCUCCAAGACACUGACAGCAAAGAUCAAGAAAAUGAAGAGAUGAAAACCUUUAAUGAAGAUAUUCUCUGUCUUCAUGGGGGCAUGUCCAUAUCAGUGGGUGAGAAGAAACUAAUCUCUCAUGAUGUGUGGAGCAGGCUUAAAGUGUACUUCCCCAGUGCUCCGGAGUUUGCCUACAAUCAAGAUUCCUGUCAGCAGUGCAUAAUGUUAGAAAGGGAAGGAAAGGAAAAUGAAGAACUGAACAGGAUGAUGGCCAUUGAGCAGAAAACCAACCUCCUUAAUCUCUUUCAAGAUAGGAAUCGUCCGACGCUACAUAAAUGGCCACAGGAAACAGAUGUUCUGUACAUUGUUUCCUUGUUUUUUGUGGAUGAAUGGAAGAAAUUUAUCAGGAAACCUACAAAGAGUAGCCCUGUCUCUAGCAUUGGUAACAAUGUUCUGCUCUGUCCACAUGGAGGCUUCAUGUUCACAUACGAAUCUCUGGUCAAAGGUGAUGCUCAGCAUGUAGUUCUGCUCUGGCCAAGUGAAUGGGAUGUCAUAAGCAGGCUGUUCCUCGUGGAUCAACCCAUUUCAAUUUACAGGCUGAGUGAAAACAUUCAAAACAACACAAAUGUACACUACCGAACUCAACCAGAGUUAUGCUUGGAUUGCAGAGAGGGACUGAUUUUCCAGCAGCAGAGAGACCUGCAGGAAUACACCCAAGCCACUGUCUAUGUCCGUAAAGUCACUAACAAAAGAAUUAUGAAGGAGAGUGCACCUGAGCUCAAUGUCAGUGGCUCAGAGGCUGAAGAUGAGAGGGAAGAACUAAAAGUUGAAGGUGAAAGUGACCCUGAUUUUUACCAGAUCACCCAGCCCUACCUCUUGUGUACUCCAAGCCAAGAAAUUUCUCUUCAUCUCUUAAAAUUGGAUGAACUCAAAUUCUACUAUUUUGUAAAUCCAGGACCUCUGUUUUGUACUUGAUAUGCCACAUUUCAUCACAAUAAAAAAUGGUAAUGCAAAAUAUUUUUUGGAAAAUUUGUUGAAUUAAAAUGGAAUGACCCAGGUGUAAAGUGCCCUGAAAACUUAUUCUUGGAUCCUCGAGCUCAGCACUGCUGUAACUUUAAUGGGUGCUUAUAUUAUCCACAAUUUUUUUUAAUAGUGCACUGUCCGCUCAAAAUACAUAUAACGUAUGUAUAAGUAAAAUAAUCGUGUUCUGGCCCACCUCUCCAAGCAGGUCAGGACAUGGUUAAGUGCAUGACGCCUGGGCUCGGUAUAAAGCGAUCACACUGUGCUCCGGCAUGGUACAGAUGGGCUAGCAUGAGUACACCAUAAAGCCAGGUUCGAACUUCUCCACACGCGUGCUAGUGGAUGUGUCGGCUCAAAUGUUUAUGACGUGUUUGACGUCACUGUGUGCCUCCGCAGAUGAAUGCCUGAUGCACUCCAAAUUUGUGUCCGUACAGUGGUGUGCAUGCAGCUCUGGACACACUGCGCAUGAUCAGUUUGCUAGCAUCCACUUUAAAUUCUAACAUGGGUGCUUUUUUUAUAUUUAUAUUAAUAUUAUAAUAAAAAGAUAAAUACAACAUGUUGUGCGCAUGUGGAAAGUACGUGACUCGACUGGAGAACUACGAACGUUUCCAUGUACGCAUAUGCAGAGUGGAUACGUGAAUGUUGCGCUUGUGUGAAGAAGUAUGAACCAGCCUUAAGGGUGCUACGGUCUUCCUGUUGUCCACAUGUGACGGACAGUGUUUAAAGCUGCGUAUACACUAUUGUGCCCUAUGAUUAUGUACGAUAAAAAUUAUAUACCUCAGAUACAGUGGGGAUAUGAUUAUAUUUUCCAUUGGAGUCACGCCACCCCCUUGUUGAAUUUGUUUUACAAGUUUGUGGUCUUUCUCAUUCUUUAAUCAAUUAAAUAGCUUAUUUUGAUAUUUUUAUUCUUUGAUAUUUCCUCUCAGUUCCAAUUAAGAAAAAAAAUCAGCAAAAUCAACAGAUUGGUUGAGAAUCACUUGAGAAUGAAAGGC